AUGCAUCUAGACCACAAAAUACCAUGGAAUACAGCAGCAACACACUUGAAUAUAAUAAGAUAUAAUCCUCGAUUUACCCCCCGUCGCACCGACUUUUUUGCUCGCAACAAACCCUCAGAGUCCUCAGACCUCAACUAUUUCCGCCGUAUGCUGAUUAGCAUAAUCCGCGAGUUCUCAUCCACCGAAGCAUCCAAGCCUCUUCUAUCUAUUCCUUUGGACAACCUUCUUUCUGAUAAUAUACUUUCCUAUCCCGAACAACAGCUUGGCCUUGGUCCUCAUGCAAAAAACUCAGCCCUACACAACCCUCUGUCUUCUAAGCAUCGAGAUAUCAAUUAUUGGAUCGACAGUGCUAGCUCUAGUAGUAGCACUGAGCCAUUACCCUACUCCAGUGCAGAUGGCAGCCUCGCCGACGCAGUCAAAAUGCUAAUAAUCAUUGCUGCAAACACCGUGUCGACACAAAUAUCAAGAGAAGCUGUUUCUGUUCUGUUAAUACUUUCUCGACAUCCUCAGGUCCCCUUGCAUACUCUCGCUAAUAUCCACUGGGGACAUGCGUUUGGGGUAGAGAUGAUUGUGAAUCCUGCAUUGACGGUCUAUAUAUUUAUUAAUCUGAUGGAUGCGGUGCUCUCCGACGAACAGUUGAAAGGCGAUAAUGGGAAUAUAAUCUCACUCUUAGAAACACAGUCUUUUCAAGACUGGGCGCGUGAUUCCCUUGCAAACUAUGAUUAUCCGGCACAGAAUAUUCCCCAUCGGAGAUAUUGGAACGAACUAGGGGUUACAGAUGAGUGGGCUGCUCAGCAACGCUGCUACGAAGGCCUUUGGCUACCCACAGAGAGUCUAGGUAUAAUUGAUCCACUAAAAGGAGAGGCUAAAGAUAUUCAACUCAGUUUACGGGAGUAUCUGAAAUCUUGUUUCGCUAUAUUGUAUAUAUAUGAUAUGCUAUUAAAGGAAUGGUAUGGGGAAGAGGAAGCCGACGCGAAGUGGGAAUACUGGAUUGGUUAUAUCUUUGAAUCUCGAGGGUGCAAGUUAUAAAUUGGUCCUUAAAUGAUCAACCAGUGGUUCUUGCUAAUUAUAUCAAGC